GUACUCUCUCUCUCUCUCUCUCUUAGCGCGAUCUGGUGUGGUCUGGCUUGGAAGGUCUGAUCGCAGACUUUCAUCUAAAGUAACAGAUCUGUGCGCGAUCUCUCUCUCUGCGCGAUCUGGUCAUAAGGUUGUUCAAUUGCACUAAUGUCCCCUUAAGAUUCAAUUAAAUAUUGAAAAAACCCUUGUGAUUGGGAGCUAGGGGCCGGGCCGCCGGGGGUUACAGCUUAUAAUAAGAUAAGACACCGCGAAGCGCGAGUGUCGAUGAUUAUUGCUUCUCAAGCGGCCGAACAAGAGAGAAAGAUCGACACUCGAUACACCCCCAAGGUAGGAAUUAGCAGGGAAUGUUGCUAUUGUGGUGCUGUUGUUACUUAAUUUGGAGUUGAUUUGCUAAUAUACUUGGCAACACUAUGAGUAAUACUCCUAAUAAAAGGUUGCAUGAGGAGGGUGGGGGUGGGAGUCAUUCUUCCAGUACGAAAUACACCCCUGAUGAUUCAGAUGUGUACCCAGGAGUUGGUGCCAAAACGGCUUCAUCAGCCAUUAAUGAGUACCAAAAUAACACCCCCAUGGAAAUAGGGCAGGAUACUCGGAUGUCCAAGAUGCUCUGGACUGAAUUGCGCGAUGCAGAUAGAAGGUCGCCCUUACUUCCUCCAAUGUACAGGAUGUCAUCUUCUCAGAAUGACUCACACUCUGAUCAUCCUGCCAGUUCAGAGAAUAGGCUGGAAUCAAGAGAUUCCAAAGGCAACAACAAAGAGCUUAAGGUUGAGAACCGGGAUAUUAAGGAAGAAUCAAGGGAAUUGCCCCAAGGUGGUAAAGGUGAUAAAGAUGUAAGAUUUGAGAGUAGAGGGGAUGAUACCAAAGAAGCCAAGUACGACAGGGAUACUUACACUGAAUAUAAGGGUGAAAUGAAGCUGGAUAAGGAAGGUUAUGGCACAGUAAAUAGUCACUUGAACUGGAAAGAAUCGAAAGAACACUACAGGGGAAAGAGGUAUCCUGAUACCCCUGGUGGAAAUGUAGAUCACUGGCAUAGGUCGCGCUCUAAUGUCCAUGGUCAAGCUGAGAUUGUAAAGGAAGCCUCGUGUAAUGAGGAGAGAGAUCAUGUUGAAGCUCAUGAGGCUGUUGGCGAGAACAAGGUUAAUUUCAAGGGGGAGGAUAAGUUCAAAGACAAAGAUAGGAAGAAGAAGGAUGGGAAGCACCGGGAAUGGGGUGAAAGGGAUAAAGAAAGAAGUGAUCGUCGUAACAACUUGCAACUAGGUAAUAGCAGUAAUGAUGGCAAAGACCUAGUGAUGGAAGAAAGAGAAGUUGGCUUGUGGGAUAGGGAGCGGAAGGAUAUUUCAAAAGAUAAAAACAAAAUGAAAGACCUGGAAAAGGAUCAUACCAAGAGAGAAACAUGGAAUGGAGCUGAGAGAGAGGGUUCUAACGGUGAAAAGGAAUUGAUGGAUGUUUCUGGCAGAGCUCUGGAGCAGGAUGAUUCACCAUUUGAGCAGAAGAAACAGAAAAACCAUGAUAGCUGGAAAAGUGUUGAUAGUGAAGCUAGAGAUAGGAGGAAAGAAAGAGAUGCUGACAUGGAAGGAGAGAGACCCGAAAAGCGCAAUCGGUGCUAUGACAAAGAAUCAGAUGAUGGAUGUGUGGAUGCUGAUGGGGGUACAGAAAUGGAAAGAGAAGUUUUUAAUUAUGGAGUUCAGCAAAAUAAGAGGAUGCUUCGGUCGAGGGGUAGUCCUCAAGUGGCGAACUGCGAGCCUCAUUCUAGGUCCUGUACUCAGGACAAUGAAGGGUAUGUAUUGCCAUUUGUUGGCAGCUAGUUUCUUAGUAAG